CAGGCACAACAUGGCGGCUGCAGUUAGAAAUGCUGCAUGUCCAAAUACGGCUCAAAGAUUCACAGGGUGAGCCCACCUGCUGCAGAUCCAACAUGGCCUCUGAGGAGUCACCUCCAGGUGAGCAGGUGAAGAGGAGCAGCAGGAGGCCUCAGAAGAAGACCGGAGAGGUGGAGGACCGGACGUGGGCCGGCCACAGAGCGCUGCAGGCCGGGCGGCCGCAGGACGCGCUGCGCUGCUUCAAGCAGGCCCUGCAGGCCGCUGCACAGCUGCAGGACUCACGGGUUUUGCGCGCCUGCUCCUUCAACCUGGGCGCCGCCUACGUGGAGGCGGGCCGACCUGGGAGAGGACUAGACCUUCUGCGCCGGAACCGGCCCGGUCCAAAAGCUGAGCGGCUCCCGGACCUGCAGUUCAACACAGCGCUGGCCCACAAUGCACUGGGGCAGUACCAGGAGGCCGCCGCCCACUUUCAGCGGGCCGCUCAGCUUUACCGAUCACAGGGAGACGGAGGCAGCGAGGGCGACGCCUGCAUGGAGCUGGGCCGCUGCUGCAGCAGAACCCAGGUGUUUUUCCAGAUAUCUUCCAGGUGUUUUUCCAGGUAUCUUCCAGGUGUUAUUCAAGGUGUUUUUCCAGGUGUUAUUCAAGGUGUUUUUCCAGGUAUCUUCCAGGUAUCUUACCAGGUGUUAUUCAAGGACUGGCCUCAGGCGGUGCAGAGUUUCCUCCGCGCAGCAGAGAGUUAUAAAAUGGCCUCCAUGUUGGAUUCUGCAGCCGCCGCCCUUAAAGAGGCAGGAAGUCACAUGGUCCAGUCAGAUCUGUCCAACCAUGAUGACAUCAGCAGCGUGUUGACAGAGUGUCUGAGUUUGAGCAGCAGCAUCAGAGACCCGAGCAUUCUGGGUGAGCUGUACCUGUCGGUGGGCGUGGCCUACUGCCGCAUCAGGUGCUUCCAGGAGGCGGUGAGCUGCCUCGGGCGAGCCGUGGAGCCGGCAGCUCACCGCCCCCCCCUGCUGGCCAAAGUGCUGCACAACCUGGGAGCGGCGCUUAACGCCGUGGGCGACUUCAGCUCAGCGGUGGAGCGGCACCGUCUGGCCGCGCGGCUCUACGGCUCUCAAGGUUGCCGUGGUGAUCAGGCUCGAUGUUUCAGUAACCUGGCCAUCGCCUGCAGUCACCUGGGGGAUAACCAGGAGGCAGCAGAGAGCUUCAUCCUGGCACUACAGGGAUUCAGAGACACAGGCGACCACCUGGCUGAGGUCCAGGUGUGUGAGCAUCUGGCUGAGUGUUACCUGAGGCAGAAGAAGCUGCAGAAAGCUGUUGAGCUCUACAAACAGGCCCUCAGCGCGCUCUCUCACUGCAAGGAGGCUGAAGGUGUUCAGGACCGGCUGGUGGAGCGUCUGACUGCGGCUCUGCAGCUCAGUCUGACGGCGACACAGAGGCCACGCCCCCACAGGCCCCGCCCACAUCUGCCCCAGCCCCACAGCUCACCUGGUCACCAGGACGUCAGGAAGCUUGACGUGGCACAACGUCUGGCAGCCAAUCAGCAUUUAGAUGAGCAAAGGGUGGAGUCUCCAGGUAAGUUUUACCUUUAUUAUUUUCUUUCUUUCGUUGCUAUGGUUACACCUGAUUGUGCUCAGGAGCAAAAGCUGAGAAGAGCUCAGGUAGACAGGCAGCGGCUGAUCCAGAGGGCGGAGUCACACCUGGACGACACCUCUCAGAACCACCAGAGGAGCUGCAGCAAGGUGAGUCACCUGGACUUUACACACCUGCUACACCUGAGCAGCAGGUCGACUGGAGCUGAAGGUGUGAGCUACCUGUUUGUGUUUCCAGUGAAGCUUCUUCACCUGAGCAGCUGGAGUCCCCCCCCUCCUGUUCAGUUGCUGUGGGUGGUUAUCUGGACCGGACCUGGUUCUGCUGGUUCUGUUUGGGUCGGAGUUCUGGGGGAACAUGAGAAGGAGAGGAGCAGAACACCGGACCCGGGCCUGAGGAGCAGAACCGACUCAGAACUGCUGAGCAGGAUGCCAGGAAACGUGUCAUCUCUGGCUCCACCCACCAGUGCGUCACCCCCACCUCCUCUCAACGUCUCCCAGUAUCCUCCCCUCACCGACUGGGAGCCUCCCAGUUUCACCCGAGCUGCUCAGUUCCGGGUCGGCGCCACCUCAGUGCUCUUCCUGUUCGCCGCCUGCAGCAACCUGGCGCUGCUGGCCAGCGUCUGGUGCGGCCGCGGCCGCCGGCUGUCGUCUCACCUGCGGCCGUUGAUGCUGAGCCUGGCGGUGGCGGACCUGAUGAUGACAUUUGUGGUGAUGCCUCUGGAUGCGACGUGGAACAUCACGGUGCAGUGGUACGGCGGCGAGGCGCUCUGCAAGCUGCUCUGCUUCCUGAAGCUGUUCGCCAUGCACGCCGCCGCCUUCAUCCUGGUCGUCAUCAGCCUGGACCGCCAUUACGCCAUCCUGCACCCGCUGGACGCCCUGAGCGCACACCGCAGGAACCGCUGUAUGCUGCUGCUGGCCUGGAGUCUGAGUCUGCUGCUGGCUUCCCCACAGCUCUUCCUCGCUCUGCUCUUUGUGCUGCAGCUCUUCCUCUUCAGAACCAUCCGUCUGGACGCGGCUGACUUCACGCAGUGCGCGUCCCACGGCAGCUUCGCUCACCGCUGGCAGGAAACGCUCUACAACAUGUUCCACUUCGUCACGCUGUACGUUGUGCCGCUGCUGCUGCUGAGCUGCUGCUACAGCCGCAUCCUGCUGCACAUCAACCAGCAGCACCUGCAGCACAAAGCAGGUGAGUCCCCCCUGCGGCGCAGCGGCACCGACCUCAUCCCCAAGGCGCGGAUGAAGACGCUGAAGAUGACGGUGGUGAUCGUGCUGUCCUUCGUCGUGUGCUGGACGCCGUACUACCUGCUGGGGAUCUGGUACUGGUUCCAGCCCGACAUGUUGCGGGUCACGCCCGAGUACGUCCACCACGCCCUGUUCGUGUUCGGGAACCUGAACACCUGCUGCGACCCCGUCAUCUACGGCUUCUACACGCCGUCGUUCCGCGCCGACCUGGCCGCCUUCUGCCGCUGGACGAGGAGCCACGCUUCGCCGCGCUCGCCGGAGCGCCUGUCCGCCAGGCAGGGUCCGCACAGCGGCGAGGACGAGGCGCCGCCUGGCCCCGCCCACCGGGCAAACCAGGCAGCGCCUCGCUGACCAAUCACAAGCCAGAACUGAACCACGGGAUGUUCUCUGCUUCUCUGGUUUUAUUCCUUUGUGUUUGGAGGUUUCUCAGUUUCUCAGCAGCAGAUUGAAUCUCUGGAUAAAACGUUUCUCUGCUUCUGA